GGUUAAUGGCGGCUAAAUUACUUAACUAUACCCAAAUUCUGGUUUGGGUACUAUACUGCAAUGUUUGUAAGACAAAAUACCAAUCUUACAAUUUAAUCUGAUUUAGGUAUUCCGUUCAAAUUCCGGCAAGGGCAAAAUAGGAAUUCUGCAUACGUGUCUACAUUUAAGCAAGCUGGCGGCCAGGUGGCGUAUAGGUGGCGUCCAACUGUGCGGAAGUUGAAACGACGUCGUUUCUGCAGAAGAAAAGGCGCGCCAAACCCUCCCUUCUCUUUCUCUCUUCGUUUCCAGCUUUUCACUUCCACUUUUUCAUUUCCACCUUUUCAUUUGUCUUAAUCUUUAGAUUCCCAGAUUACUGACAAAGCCCGUUCUUCAAUUUCAUAGCAAAAUUAAAGGUUUGUUUUGUUGAAACAGAAAGGGUUUCGCAGGUGUUUGAUUUGUUUAUUGCCAUUUCGAAGCACAAGUCAGUAAACUUGUGACCAAGUGGUCCCAAGGUCUAAAAAAUGGUGAAAAGUUCUGAAUUUGGUUUGCACAUAUGCCAUGGUGGUCGCUUCAUAAACAAAGAAGUCAAGCAACACUAUAUGGGAGGGGAGUUUCUGACCAAAAUAGGGUUAGACCCUGAUCGUUUUGGUUAUUUUGAUCUCGUUGAUUAUGUCAAAGAAAUAGGGUAUAUGUCGUGGGAAAACCUUUAUUAUCGAAUCCCUACCACUCAAAGACAUAUAGUAAUCGUAGAUGAUAGUUGUGUCAUGAAUAUGUUAACAGCAAUGGGUAAGAAUUUGAUAAUUACAGUCUGUGUUGAGGGUGGGGUUAAAGCUACAAAAGUUACAGAUCACAAACAACAGCCAAAGAAAAUGGUGACUGUUAAGGGUAAUGAUGUUGAGGCUACUGAUUGUGAUGUUGAGGGAAACUUGGGCGAUGCUGAGGGUAGUGAGAGUGACUGUGAUGGUGAGCCAAGUGAUGGUGAUGGUGAGGGUAGUCAGACUGAGGGUUAUGGCAGUGAGAGGCAAUGUGGGGUUGAGGGUCAAUCUGAGGGUUUGCAAGACAAGGGUAGGAAUGACAUAGAUGAGGAAUCUAAUAUUCCUCGAGAUGUAGAUGACUGGGGACCUUUAGACAAUGCAACAUUCUCUGAAAUUGAAGAUGUAAUAAACAUGGAUUGUUGGGGUGACAGUAGUGAGGAAGAAUACCAACCUAGUGAAAGUGAUUUGUCAGAAGUUAGUCUUGCUGAUUUAGACUACAUUUCUGAUGAAGAAAAUAUUGAAUUAAGGAAGAAAUUAAAAAAAGUUGAUAGUGUUUUUAAUUUGCUGAAUGAGAAUGAUGGGUUUGAAGCCGAUGUAGAGCACACCUAUGUAUCUGAUUAUGAAAAUGAAACCCAUGAAUUUGUGUCUGAGGAGAGUGAUUCUGAUUUUGAACCACGAUUGAGAAAAAAAAGACUCGUGUAUGAUCCGAAGUGUGACCAUAACAAACUUGAAAUUGUCAUAGGUAUGCACUUUCAGGAUGGUUUUCAGUGUAGAGAGGCUUUAACCACUUGGGCAAUUGAAAAUGGUAGGUACAUUUGGUUUAGGGCUGUUUCUAAGAAGAAACUUUUAGCAAAGUGUACUCCUCCUUGCCCUUGGAAAGUGUUUGCAAGUGCUCUGCAUGGUAAUGGUAACUUCUUUAUAAAAAGUUAUGCAGGUGACCAUAACUGUACUAAGGCAAUGAGUAAUAAAUUAUUAAGCUCACAAUGGGUUGCAAAACGUUACCUCAAUGUCUAUAGAGUCAGGUACAAUUUAGGGGUGAAAGAUCUUGGGGCAGAUAUUCUAGAGAGGUUCAAGGUGAGAGUACCCAAAGAUAGGCUUUACAAGGCUAGAAGACUUGCAUAAGAAAUGGUGAGAGGUUCCAUAGAGCAACAUUAUGGUUCUUUGAGAAAUUAUAUUGCGGAAUUGAGAAGGGUUGAUGGUGAGGGGCACUAUGAGCUUAUUCUUGAAGCAGAUACUGUAUUCAAAGCACUAUAUAUGGGUUUGAGUGCCUUGAGAAAAGGAUUCAAGAAGAGUUGCCGGCCUGUCAUAGGCAUAGAUGGAUGUUUUUUGAAAACAUACCUCGGCGGUCAUCUCCUUUGUGCAACAGGCAAGGAUGGAAACAAUGGUAUGUUUCCAAUUGCCUGGGCCGUAGUUGAGGCUAAGAAUGAAGGUUGCUGGACUUGGUUUUUGAAGUGUCUUCUUGAGGAUUUAGAUAUUGGAGAUGGCAGUGGGUGGACCUUCAUUAGUGAUCAACAGAAGGGAUCGGCAAAUGUCGUUGCUGCUUUGGCUCCAAAAGCUGAGCACUGGAACUGCGCCCGACAUGUAUACAUGAAUUGGAAGAAGGAACACAAAGGGCAGACACUGAAGAAUAUGUUCUUCAGGGCUGUGUAUGCAACGCAUGAAGCGGAGUUCAAAGUAGCAGUUCUUGAGUUGAAGCAAGAGAGUGCCGCGGCGCAUGAAGAUUUCAUGUCAAGGGACAUCAACAAAUUCUAUGUGGCCUGAAGUCGAGGGUGCCGUUGUUAAACCACCACCAAAAACAAGAAUGCCUGGACGUCCCAAGAAGAAAAGGGUUCGGGCACCUCAAGAGAAGGAUGGAAGGAUGACCAAACAUGGACUAGCAAUCAAGUGUAGCAACUGCAAGCAGACAGGGCAUAACAAAAGGAAAUGUACUGAUGCAGCCAUCGAAAACCCCAACCCUAACAAGCGGAAGAGAGGAAGGCCUUCCAAAGAUGGUGCACGUCCAAAAGGAAGCAAAGAAAAGCAAGGAGACAACCCAAGUGAAGGUACUUCCACAAAUAAGAAGACUGCAACUGACCUACAAUCUCAGACGAAAAAAAAAGUGGAUCAACUCAAUACAAGGGUAGAGGGGCAGCUCUUAAAGGGAUUGGUGUUUACGUCAACGAGGCCACUGGAAAUACCUUCUACCAUGGUUCGAGCUCAUCAAAGAAAGUGAUGUUGUUUCAAAAGUUCAAGAAACCAAGAAUUUCCAAGAACAAAGAAAGUGGGAAUACCUCGACUGCCCAUAAUAGUGUUGUCACUGGAGUUACAACAACACAAGAAAGUAGGAAUGAAGAAGCCUCAACCCAAGAACUGUGAAUGAAAAUGCAACUUUUUGUAUAUUUUGCAAACUCAAGGAAAUGGUGAACAUGUUGAACCUUUGUUAUUGUGAAUCAGAAUUAGCUUCAAAUAGCUAACUGUUGAACCUUUUUUUUUGUAAGUUAACUUGAUGUACAAGUUAAGGUUUUUGUUCCA